UAGAGAAUGAGAAAGGUCUAUGGAGUAAACCCGAGUUGAACAGAGGGAGCUGCAAGCCUGCAACAUCAGACGGAGAUUAACCUGGAGACUGGCCAAAGGUCUGAAGCACACACAUUGAUUGGAAGUGACAAGGAGUGAGAGAAGGGCACAAACAGAGGAGAGCGCCCAUUCACCAUGGCCACGUACAAUCGAAGGUUAUCUGACAACGCCUUCCAGGUAAAGCAGGACAUAGUGCACCGUAAUACUUUGGAACCAGAAUGCUUCCUGCUUUCAAAAAGCUCCUCUGACACCCUGUAUCCUCAGAAGGAAGAAAGGCAAAUGACGAAUCCACAUCUGAGAAAAACUAUCGGCAGCGUUGCCUCUCCGAUCGACGCAGCUGAAACGGGCGCGGGGUACCAGUGUCAGUCUUCGUGUUUCAUGCCACGGAAGAACUUCACCAUUGUCCCCUUGUGCGGCUGCUUCCAGAUGGAAUCCAUUCCAGAUCCCAACCGGGUCUCGGGACGGGCAAAGCUUCAGGAGAAUACAAAACUCCACGCCAACAGUCACACGAACAGCAGCUCAGACAUAAGAAGGGACGCAGAGACGCUGUUGUACAAAGACGCACAUUUGGGGGUGCUGCAAACCAAGUUGGUGUACAGGAGUUGCUCAGACAUCAUGUGUGGUUACAGGGAGAACUGUUGCCAGGACAAUAUCGCGCGCGGCCAGACCACGGCAAAACAUCGAGUUACUGGUGCAACUCCUCAUGGUGAAAUGACAACUAAAGAUUCUGAUCAAAGGAUAGUGAUAAAUAUUUCAAGGGGUGAGACUGACAAUGAACAUCAUGAAGUCAUGGGAGGUUCUCCAAUCACUUCUGAACAUCAAGUGAAGAACACAGUCAAUAAAGUCUGCACUCCCAUGCAUCAGUGCCACUUCAUGUUUGCAGAGAGUUCCCACAGUUACCCAGGUAUCGUGAUCGUCCAAGAGUCUGGCAGGCAAUGUCCAGAUAAUUGUAUGCAAGGAGAUGGGACCGUCACCAGGGACUGGGAUGAAGCGGCAUCUAAGGCAGGAGAUGGUUCAACGAGCAAUCACAAUUGCACUGGACAUCAUAGCUGUGCGAUACCUGGCCUGAACAUAGAAGAAACGGUGCCAGCUCUGCCAAUCCCAGCCAUUCAUCUCAUGCCACGGCUGGUCAGUUCUGUCAGUGAGUCUGGGAGGGGAGACAGCAAUGCAUUUUGCCAUUCGCUCCCAGUUUCUGGCAUUCUGCCAUUCCCACGCUUGAUGUCUUCAGUGAGUGAAUCCGGUUUGGACACAAGGCAUCUUCGGAAAUGCCAUGGAACCCCGGGAAAUAAUGUGGUCCCCACUGCGACUGGCAGAAUCCCUCAGAAUACUUCAGAUGCAAUGAAAGCGGGACUGGAUGAUGCUUCUCAUUCUUGUCAGCAAAAUAGUCCAAAUACUAACCUGGAUGUGAGAACACGAGACAUGUGCACCAUGACGUCUAUAAGGGAUCUGAGCCUUGGCUUUCACUAUCGACUGAAGAAGAGAGACGCAGAGGUGCAGACGUCAUUCACAGCUGACUACAAGUCGGUGGGGACCAGCCCAAUGUUUCCAGCUGAUUGCUGCUUGGCUCACUCCUUCCCAGAAGUUAACUUUGAGGAGAUUCAGAAGUCCCCGGUCUGCGAAGUGAAAUGGGACGACAAAGGGAUGACGUGGGAAGUCUAUGGGGCCUCUGUCGACCCUGAGGUCCUGGGGCUGGCCAUACAGAAACAUCUGGAGAUUCAGAUCGAGCAACAUGAAAAGGACAGAGUAACCACAGCUGAGAAGACGGUGAGGCAUUCGGAUCCUCAGCUGGACGCCACAUGCGUGCUGGAACAUCCACCAAAGGAGAAGAGACAUUUGCCAGGUUUUAGGAAGAUGCUGUCCACACUGAGGCAUCCCACCUGCUGUGUGCCAACCACUGCAGUAAUAGACUAAUCGCUGGCUCCACUGUCGGGGAGUAAAUCACAUUUUUAUUGGGGACAAUGUAUAGAAGCUGCAGUCACAAAACGUAAAUGCAUUUUCUGCUCUCCACCCCCGCCCCCCCCCCACAUCCCCGCCACAAACACACAUUCCUGAAUUCAGGAUAAUAAUUUAGCGAGAGUUUUUUUUAAUAAAUAGUUUUCCUUUCGAGAUAUUUAUGAGAGUGGCUGAUACAGAAGUUGUGCAGCUUUCAGAAAUGAUAGGUUGAGGUACUGAGAUGGGUG